AUAUUUUUUUAUUUAUAUUAACUGUUUGUUAUCGUAGAUUUGUUUAAAACUUGCCGCUGGAGCAACUAAAAGAUACGAGGCGGAACAAAAGGUACCGUACUUGGUGCAAAACGAGCUCUGGGUUGGUUACGACGAUCCCGAUAGCUUGAAAAUUAAGGUGGAUUACAUAAAACAACAAAACUUCGGCGGUAUUAUGGUAUGGGCGCUAGACCUGGAUGAUUUCAGCGGAAUGUGCGGACAGGGUAAAUACCCACUCAUGAAGGCUAUUGUCAAUGCCCUCAACUCCGCAGGAGGUUCGACCGGAGGAGGCUCGCCCGGAGGAGGCUUUCCCUCAGGCCCGAUCAACUUCAUACCAACACCAACGCCAACGACCACAACAACACAAAAAAUAACACAUGCUAUAUUCCCUGGGUUCACGUUUCCAACAUAUACGAACCGACCAGUAACUACCAAAGCACCUAUUAUCACAAUUCCAGGCAUCAGCGGCAUUUUUCACCAGCUUACCGCGGUUUCACGAAACGAAUUCGACUGUGUAACCAAUAAUGACGGCUAUUAUCCAAGCCCAACGUCAUGCUCAGAAUACUUCGUGUGCGCCGCCGGUAUAACGUUCAAAACUGACUGUCACCCGGGUCUACUAUUCAACUCGAUUUCACUAUACUGCGAUUUCCCAGAUCACGUGACCUGCAAAGCCGGCCACCCUGCAGCGCAAACCACUCAUGCACCGGUUGUAACGCAUGCGCCAAUUGUAACGCAUGCACCAUGGGCACCAUGGGUGCCGCCCACUACCACACCCCCUCCUCCAACGACGAAAACCACAAAAGCCCCAGUAACAGUCCAGUAUAAUGGCAAUCCGGCUGAUUUCUGCAAAGGAAAACCCGACGGCUUCUACAAGGAUCCCUUAAGUUGCACUCACUUUUACAGUUGUUCCUAUGAGGUUUCAUACCACGAACCUUGUCCCGCCCAGACCUUCUUCAGCGAGACGUUACAGGGUUGCGACUGGGCCAUGAAUGUUCCAAACUGCCCAUAGAUCUCAAAGGAACCUGCGUCAUAAGUUACAUAACUAUAAACAUGUAAAAUACAAAUCAAUUUCAAAGAUUCAAUAAAAGCGUGAAAUC